ACCGUCCAUUUAUUUCCUUUAAAACUUCGGAUCUGAAUCGAAUUCUCUCCCUCUUUCUCUCUCGCCGUCCAAGCGUGCUUUGCUUUCUCUGGGCAACAAAAAAACGAAAAAGAGCGCCUGAGGUUAUCAAAUUUCAACGAUCCGUAGAAACCCAGAUCGAAUUAUAUAAAAUACAUAUAAGAGAAUGUUUGGGAGAGCGCCAAAGAAAAGCGAUAACACGAAGUACUAUGAGAUUCUGGGAGUCUCGAAGAACGCUUCGCAGGAUGAUCUAAAAAAGGCGUAUAAGAAAGCCGCUAUCAAAAACCAUCCCGACAAGGGUGGUGAUCCAGAGAAGUUUAAAGAGUUGGCCCAAGCAUACGAGGUUCUGAGUGACCCUGAGAAACGUGAGAUAUAUGACCAGUAUGGCGAGGAUGCCCUCAAGGAGGGAAUGGGUGGUGGAGGUGGUGGCCAUGACCCGUUUGACAUAUUCCAAUCCUUCUUUGGUGGGAACCCAUUUGGUGGUGGUGGAAGCAGCAGAGGCCGAAGGCAGAGGAGGGGUGAAGAUGUGAUACAUCCUCUCAAGGUUUCAUUGGAGGAUCUAUAUAAUGGGACAUCCAAGAAGCUUUCUCUCUCUCGCAACGUAAUCUGCUCCAAAUGCAAGGGCAAAGGCUCAAAGUCUGGUGCUUCAAUGAAAUGUCCUGGCUGUCAGGGUUCUGGAAUGAAAAUCUCCAUCAGACAUCUUGGACCAUCUAUGAUCCAACAAAUGCAGCAUGCUUGCAAUGAAUGCAAGGGUACCGGUGAGACCAUCAAUGACAAGGACAGGUGUCCACAAUGCAAGGGUGAGAAGGUUGUUCAGGAGAAGAAAGUGUUGGAGGUUAUUGUCGAGAAGGGUAUGCAAAAUGGACAAAGGAUCACAUUCCCUGGAGAAGCUGAUGAAGCGCCGGACACUGUAACAGGGGACAUUGUUUUUGUCCUACAACAGAGGGAGCAUCCUAAGUUCAAGCGAAAGGGUGAUGACCUGUUUUUCGAGCACACCUUAUCACUUACAGAGGCUCUCUGUGGCUUCCAAUUUAUACUGACACAUUUAGAUGGAAGGCAGCUCCUUAUAAAAUCCCAACCUGGAGAAGUGGUUAAGCCUUAUCAAUUCAAGGCCAUAAAUGAUGAGGGGAUGCCAAUGUACCAGAGACCCUUCAUGAAAGGUAAAUUGUAUAUCCACUUUUCAGUGGAAUUUCCUGACUCCCUUAACCCCGAUCAAUGCAAGUCUUUGGAGGCUGUGCUGCCACCCAGGACCUCAGUGCAGCUUACCGACAUGGAGAUAGAUGAGUGUGAAGAAACAACACUCCAUGAUGUUAACAUUGAGGAGGAGAUGCGCCGUAAGCAAGCUCAACAGGCCCAGGAGGCUUACGAGGAAGAUGAUGAUAUGCAUGGUGGCGCCCAGAGGGUGCAAUGUGCUCAGCAAUGAUAAAAUGGUGUGGUGGCCUUAAUUUAACAUAUUGUUUUAGAAAAUAAACCCCAAAAAAAAAAAAAAAAAAAAGAGAAAGAAAAAGUAAUUUCGCAUUGUUGCCCUCUGUUGUUACAGGGCUUUUAGAGCGUUAGUUUAAUGGCUUUGUUCUACAAUUCUACUUGGUUUGAGACUCACAAUAUGUUGCUAGGAUUGAACUUCAAGAUUUAUGAAGUAUUAUGCUUUGUUCUACAA